UCAGAGUACGAAUGCCUCUGCUUGAGACCUUCCUAUUGAGCCAAAAUGCCAAAGCUACGUUUUUCUAAAAUACGGAUCUACGAAUUUAAAAAUCUGUUCAAAGAGAAGACGCAAAAAAUGAACAGAAAGAAUAAGAAAAAUGACAUCCAGUGUAUUUUGUUGAAGAAAAUGCUUGAGACAUCUAUUUUCACCUAUUUCAAACGUCAAGAUGGUGAAAAAGGUUUGCAGCCAACACUGGAAAAACUGUUGAAGGACAAAAGUUUCCUGGCAGCUUUCAGAAUGUUCCUCCAGUCAGAGUUCAGUGAGGAGAACAUUGAGUUCUGGUUGGCUUGCAAGGAUUACAGUGGCACCGUGUCACCUGCAGAACGCUCCUGCAAGGCUGCAGAGAUUUACCAGGAGUUCCUCCACCCCCAGGCCAAGAAAGAGAUCAACAUUGACUAUCACACUCGCGAGAGGAUCAAACGGGCCAUGCAGGAUCCAGACCCCUCCUGCUUCAAUGAGGCGGAGAGACAUGUGUACAGACUGAUGGAAAUCGACUCCUGUCCAAGGUUCCUGAAAUCGGAAAUCUAUUGGAACCUCCAGAACAAAGCAAAGGCCUCAUGCUAAAACCCACAGAUGUGGGGUCGGCACAAUGCAGAGAGUGAACAUGUCUGGACUGCAACUUAAACUCUCCAUAGCAGUCAAGUAUAGAUUACUCCUGUGGGUGGCUUUGGAAAAUAAAAAGGUUCCAAACAGAACAAAAUACCUCACAGGAAGGAGAGCAAACAUGUAAGCGACAAAAGGAAAUGACUAAGAUCUAAUUUACCCAAGACAAAAAAUAGAAAAAUCCUGAUGUAUAUAUAUAUAUGUAUAUAUAUAGACUAAAACUGAACAGUGACUCCUGUGCUCUGUUCUCCCUGUAUCACAGACAGAUUUAUGUCAAAUCAGCAUGGGACACCAUGAUAUUCUUGGAAAAAUGCUCUGCAUGAUUCAGAAGAGGUGGCAAACAGAGCAUUUGCUUAGAGUGAUUUACAGACUCUUAACUGUGAGAAACAUCUACUGCUGAUAAAAUAACCCGACACUGGUUAAUCUGCUCCAUGGAAGACCUUGGAUGCAGUAAAUCAGAAAGUGUGUUCACUUCAUACACAGCAAUAAAGCAUCUGUAAAGUUGUUUGGAUCAUCUGCAAUGUUUCUGCGUCAUGUCAUGAUCUGUAAUCAUGAAGUCAGAAAGUAUUGCCAUCCUUUGCUAUAUAGAUGGAUAUUUGAUGCAAAUUGUGGAAUGACAGUAAAUAACCUUACAUAGAACAAAUGCAUUCUGUGACCUGUUCCUUUGCUAAUGAAUGGGUCUCCUUAUUUGGAAUGUAAUUAUCUAACUGCGACAGAUUCUCCAGUGCUUCAGAUCAUUCUGAAUAUAAAACGCCAAAACAAUAUUAUGUUACCCAGUCAAAAAUGUUAUUUCAUGAUGCACAAUAAAAGGACAUUAGAACUAA